ACUGACCUGCCCUCAUGGCGAGCACCCGGAUCCAGCUGUUUGAUGUUAAUCAGCGGACCCUGUCGAUGUGGUGAUCAGGUGGUGCCCUCUGGCUCCCAGUCUAUGGAAGAGCUGGGCAACACGGUGGUGGGGUUUGCUAUCUGGAUUGGGUACGACAGCUGACGGUGGUAGCUGAGUCCAGGAUAGGCCGUCUGAGGAGCUAGGUGCCUCCUCCUCGGAUCCACCACCUGACGCUGUAGUGCCUGAGCGCUGAGGUCAACUCUCCCCGCACGUACAGGGGCACCCCACCAGCCGUGGCCUUCGUCUACUAAAUUCUGCUCCGACUGAAUUUCGUUAAAGUUCACAGAUGCACUCCCUAAGACAAUGUCUUUCCACCCAGCGUUCCGCUUUGAGCCCUCAUCCUCUGAGCUCACCCUUCGGCCCUCUGCAGCCGCUGAAAUAUUUCUCAAGCAGGGCUCUGCCAGUGGCGGGCAGGUGAAGAGGGCCGAUGUGGUUCGAGCCGAGGCGAGGGCAAGAGCCUGGAGCAAACACGGGGACCUCAGUGAACAAGCGGUGCUGGCCGAAAGUGAGCUCCAGAUCGGCCAGUACCGCGGCCAAACCUUCCAGUGGCUGCUGAGUAACAAUGUGGGGUACGCCGUCAAAAUCUUGGCGUCCCACCAGAAGGAGAGAGAGGGAGGGGACACCACAACUACGCCCCAGAUGCUGAACAAGGACGCCCUUGCCUCCUACGCCGGGCUGUACCCACCCAUGGUGACGCCCGUCGCCAGGCGUAGGUUGUGCGAGGGCUCCCUGUCUGCAGGGGCGGGGCUGGGCGACAUGCUGGUGGGGUUUGGUGCGCACAGCCAACGCACCUACAAGUCCCUGUAUGACACGCGGGACCAAGAGAGUCGAACCUACGUGGCAUGGAUUCGGAAGCAGAAGGUGGGAGCUCGGUCCAGGAUGGAGGCCCUGAAAAUGUAUGUGCCGGCUCGGGACAAGGAGCCCAAGACCGCACCUGAGCCAGCACAUGUCCUCCCACCACCAGGCGCCUCCUCCUCGGACCCGAGCGACACUGAACUACUUGCUGCCGCCGCCGUCGAGGUCGACUCUCCCUCUCCGCAUGUACAGGGACGCCCCACCAGCCGUGGUCCCCUCUUCCUCUCUCUCAACAGCCACUGGAAGGACCAGGAGUGGCUCUUCAGCAGACUGCCUCCGGCAAAGAGCUGCUUCCCCUCAGCUGGAGGCAGACGCUUCCUGAAGAGCAGCAGGAGUGGGUGGGCUGAAGCUGUGGUGGUAUCCGCCAGGCGCCCGGCCCCUCUACACGCAGCCCCCGCCUUCUUCCAGCGCCCAGUCUUUCUGUGGAUGCCCUACAGGAUGUGGGCAUACCACCUCACGUGCCCUGCCUGUGGGCGCAGGACUAUACAGGACCGUCCGGAGGGUCCUGGACAGGAGUGGGUGGUACCAUAUGGGUACAGAUUAUCUUCAGUGCCCCUCCUGUCACAAGAAGGUCGCAGGCUGGUCGCAGGACAUCUUGGAGCAGCUGGACAUCGAUGGCGCACCGCGAACAAUUUCCAGCUGUUCUGACGUACAAGUUGUCCUGCGACAGAGCGGUGAGUGGGCUGCUAAAGGAGCGCACCUUGGGCAACGGUGUGGCUCGCCUCCCUGGUGGAGCAGCACACCAGGAAGUGGAUGGCGCGGUCGAUGCAAUAUCUUUCCGUGCUCCGCAAAGCUGAGGGCACGGAAAGAUAUUGCAUCCGGAGCGGUACCGCAAAGGCCCCA